AGGAAGACGUAGAAGAAGGGGGCGACCUUUCCGCUGACAGUCCGCCAUGCUCACCCUGCUGCACCACUGUGGUCGUAACUUGCUGACAUCCAGGACCGUCCAGACAGUCAAUAAAAGUUACUACACGACACAGAUGGGUAAGCGCGUGGCCGUGGUGCUGGCGGGCUGCGGGGUUUAUGAUGGCAGUGAGAUCCACGAGGCCUCCGCUGUUCUGGUCCACCUGAGCAGAGGAGGUGCAAGUGUCAACAUGUUUGCCCCCAACAUCGACCAGAUGCACGUGGUGAAUCACCUGAAAGGCCAACCGUCUGAGGAGAAGAGAAACGUGUUGGUGGAGAGUGCAAGGCUGGCCCGUGGAAACAUCCAGGACCUGUCUAAGCUCAGUGUCAAAGACCACGAUGCCAUUAUAUUCCCAGGUGGUUUUGGGGCAGCGAAGAACCUCUGCACAUGGGCAGUGCAGGGGAAGGACUGCUCUGUUAAUGACGAGGUCAAGGCCACGCUGCAGGCGUUUCAUGGCGAGGGGAAACCCAUCGGCCUCUGCUGCAUCUCACCUGUCCUGGCUGCCAAGGUGUUUCCCGGCUGUGAGGUCACUGUCGGUAUCGAGAAGGAUGAGAAGUAUCCUGACACUACCGACACUGCAGCGGCCAUCAACCAGCUGGGCUGCAAGCACGUGAGUAAGGGCGUCGGCGAGAGCCACGUGGACGAGAAGAACAAGCUGGUCACCACGUCUGCAUUCAUGUGCAACGCUCCCAUACAUGAGAUAUUUGAUGGGAUUGGAGAGAUGGUGAAGGACGUGUUGAAACUCGCUUAAUUGCACUAAUACCCAAACAGAAAAGAAUGGGGGGCUGUCAUUUUAGAGAGCUUGUGUCACAGUAACUCCUUCAUCAAAAGCACGUUCAGAUGCUCUUAAAAUAUACACGUUUGUAGAAGUAAUGUGCACAACAUGGUCUGAUUUAUUUUGCAGAAAUUUCUGUUUGACUCAGUUUUACUGGAUUAUGUUGUGAUGCAUUCAAUCAGCAUUGUGUCGGCAAUGUUAAUCACAUUUUAGAAAAUCAACAGCAGCUGUGGUGAAGUACAAACAAUGCAAUAAAACAACGAAGUUCA